GUCCACCCCAAACACUCACUUUUUAGGAACAUUGCCUCUGAACUUGUCUUCGCUGUGAACGAAAAAAAGAAAAACAGCAAUAAUGUACAAAAUGUUGUCUUGUAUGAACAGACAGUGUUUGCGCGGGAAAACAUACUCAUGGAAUGCAGAGGACGUGCUUGUCAAAUUCCACAGGGGAAGCGGUGUGCUAUGUCAAAAACCAACGGUGAAACACCCACCACCUGAGCUACCCGAGAUGCCCCUAUGUGACUUUAAACCUGAGCCAUACCAGGGCAUGUCUAAAGAGCGCCUUCUAGACAUCAGGAAACACAGCUGCAAUCCCAUGACCAUGAAGGUAACAUACUACAAAAAGCCAGUCUUCAUAAACCAGGGCUACAUGCAGUGGCUGUGGGAUGUGGAUGGAAGGCGCUAUCUGGACUUAUUUGGAGGAGUGGCCACUGUCAGUGUAGGACACUGUCACCCGAAAGUCACUGAGGCAGCAGAGAAACAGCUAAAGCGUCUAUGGCACACAACUCCCAUCUAUGUGUACCCACAAAUGCAGGAGUAUGCAGAGAAACUGGCCUCCCUACUGCCAGAUCCACUUAAGGUUGUGUAUUUGACCAACAGUGGCUCGGAGGCUAAUGACCUUGCAGUGCUAAUGGCGCGGCUUUAUACAGGAAAUUUUGACGUCAUUACACUCAGGGGUUCAUAUCAUGGUGGUAGUCCACAAUCGACAGGUCUAACAUCCAACGCAGCUUACAAAUAUCCCAUCGCCUCUUCUCUGGGUUGCCACAAUACCAUGUGUCCGGAUGUGUUCAGGGGCCCCUGGGGAGGCAGUCGCUGUAGAGACUCUCCUGUUCAAACCAUCCGAGAGUGCAGCUGCUUCCCAGGUCACUGUCAGGCCAAUGAUAAAUAUAUCGAUCAGCUCAAAGAAGUGUUUGCCACAACAGUCCCCAAUCAAAUUGCUGCUUUCUUUGGGGAACCAAUCCAGGGUGUUGGUGGGGCUGUUCAGUACUCGAAAAAUUACCUUAAGGAGACCUACCAGCUUGUUCGAGCGAAAGGCGGAAUUUGUAUAGCAGAUGAGGUCCAGACUGGUUUUGGCCGCACAGGGAGUCACUUUUGGGGUUUCCAAGGACAUGAUGUCAUUCCUGACAUGGUUACCAUGGCCAAGGGCAUUGCGAAUGGCUUCCCAAUGGGGGCUGUGGUCACCACAGCAGAAAUUGCCAGUUCCUUUGCAAAGGGAGUUCAUUUUAACACAUUCGGAGGAAACCCAUUAGCUUGUGCAAUUGCCUCAUCAGUUUUAGAUACGAUAAAGGAGGAUAGGACACAAGAAAACAGUUCUGACGUGGGGACGUACCUGAUGACUCAACUGGCCAAACUUCGAGACAAGCACGAGAUCAUUGGUGACGUUAGAGGAAAAGGUCUUCUGAUCGGGGUGGAGAUGGUCAAAGACAAGGCAAGCAGAGACCCGCUCCCUCCAGAGGCCAUGGCUGAAAUUUUCGAAGACACUAAAGAUAUGGGCGUGCUGAUCGGUAAAGGAGGAGUGUAUGGACAGACCUUCAGGAUCAAGCCUCCUAUGUGUAUAACUAAAGACGACGCAGACUUCUUCCUGGCCAUAUUCAACCAGGCAGUGCUCAACUACAUAGAGAGGAGAUAAAAGAGCACACUGGGUCAUAUAUCCUAUUUUAAAUGACUUCACAGUUCUUAAGAAUAGCAAUAGUAAAGAAACCAAGCAUGUUACAUUUCUUUCUGUGGCCUUUUGGCCAGACUGAUCAAGGAAAUGCAAUAUUAAAAAAAACCUUUGUGGACUUUUAAAAGAACAGUUCACUCAAAAAUAAAAUUCUCUCAUCAUUUACUCACCCUCAUGCAAUCCCAGAUGUGUAUGAAUUUCUUCUCUUGAACACAAAG